AUGGAUAAACAGCUGGCCCACUCUUUUUCCCUCUUUCUCUUGCUACUGAUGCUGUUCCCUACCGCGCAGUCCACCCUGAUUCGCCACCCCUGGAACAGCAGCAGCCCCAGUGGUCCUGCUAUUCUCCAACUUCUGAAGUCAGGAUUUGAGACUGAGCUGUCACAAACGGAACCUGUGAAGCUGAGGGAUCUAUUCAGCUUUCAGUCACGGCUGCCCUGGAUUCAACCUGAAAAGAAUACAGCUACUGGGUAUCGUCCACCUAUAUUACCAGAAGAAUCGACAGAAGGUAAUGUUGUAGUUUGCCACAUAAACAAUCCUGAUGAUUUCUACCUUCAGUUGAUAAUUAAAGAUGCUUAUGGAAAUGAAUGUGAUGGCGAAAAUCUUGAAAUCCUCUGCCCAGUCCAAGGACAAGCCUGCAUAGCUAAGUUUGAAGAUGGAAUUUUGUACCGAGCAGAAAUCAUUGGCUUGCCAGGACAUCAAGAACUGGAAGUUAUGAAUGUUGACGUUGGCCGGACUGCAAGGAUAGCACUUAAGGACAUACGUCAAGUAAAGGAUGAGAUUUUUAAUUUCCCAAGAAAGGCAAUUAAAUGCAAACUGGCCAAUAUUGAACCUUCUACCGGUACAGUAUAUUGGAGUGUAGAAGCCAAAGAAAAAUUUGUGGAAAUGGUUGACGGCCAAUUUUUGAUUUGUUCAGUUAACAGAAUUUUGGAAGAUAAUGUGCUGUUAGUUGAGCUUUUUCCUUCACCCCAUGUUCCUGGAUUGAUGACGAAGAGUGUUAAUAGUGAGCUGGUUAAAGGAGGCCUAGCACGUUAUGACCUGGGGCAAGUAUCAGGCUUAUAUCUUAGCCCUAAGGAUAUUUAG